UGACAGUCUAGGUUUUCCCACUGGGUACUUCAUCAUACGCAAUAUGGCGAACGGUCGCCUGUGGGAUGUCUCCGGAAAUCUCAAAGCUGAUGGAACUAUGGUGCACCUGUUUCGCGAAAAGGAGUAUUCUCUUGUCGAAAUUCUGAGAGAUCCAGGGGCUGAUAAUCAGUUAUUCUUCAUUGACUACACUGGCGCCCUCUGUUCAAAGCCAACUGGACAUGCAAUAGACAUUGAAGACGGUCGCCUCGUUCUUCGCUACCGUCGUCCAAUGACUUUGCCGUUUCCUAACUCGUACUCACAUCCACUGCCUCGGUUUGUCUAUGAUCCUUCGACCGGCCACAUACUUGUCCGAUUCGCAUGCGACCCGUCCUAUCCUCCGCCAACAGAGAACCCAUCCCUUGCAUGGAAAGAAAGGCAGUACCUUGUGACGGCAGUGCCAAUGCCUAAACCUCCCUCUUUGUUGGCUAACGCUUCCCAAUUCUUGGCGUCUGCCGCUUCAAAAUUGACCUUCACUCCGGAAAACAAUCCGCACGGCAAUAGAGAAGAUUUUGAUUUGCGUCACGAUGAAGUACUGGAAGAAGAUAGAAUCGAGGAUGAAGUUGAUGACGAUUCUCCAGAACAUAGGCGUAAUAUGCAAAUCGUAUCUAUUCCCUUAUUAUCGAACGAAUUGAGAGAGCCAGGGACUAACAUUGGGAAACGCACAAGAGAGAGACGAAGGUGGGAGAUUGUCCCGCUUCACAGAGAGAGAACUAAACCACGUUCCUCCCUUCCAAUGAAUCCGAAUUCAUGAAUUAAUUCUUUGUUCCUUCAUCGGGGCUUUAUGCUGAUUAUCUUUCGUACAUGUACACUACUGUCACAAUCUCGAAUGCGAUGCAACCUGGUG